AUGCCUCCAGAACUCAUACCAUCAGAUGAGGAAUAUGCAUCAUCAGAAGAUGAGGAUUUCGCCCCAGAUGCAGUACCAGCACAAGAAGAAUCAUCAGAGUCAGAAGCAGAAGAUGAAGGUUCUACUGCGGUAAUAGAUAAGCCGAAGAAAAAGACGGCAAAAAGGAAACGCGGUAAUGAUGAAGAGGCGGAGGAUGCGGGAUUUGAGAACUCGGGCGAUGAAGCUAUUAUUGAAAAGGGCUUGAAAAGGCGGAAGAAGAGGAGUAGGAAGGAUGGGAGAGAUGGGGAGGAAGACGAGGGUGGUGAGGGAGGCUUGGUUAAGACGAGGAGUAUGCGCGCUCAAGAAAAGAUUGAGAAGAAACCCCUCGCAGAUACCAAAGCCGCAACAGUUGACGUAGAUGCCUUGUGGGCAGCCAUGAUAUCUGGCAAACCCGCCUCAUCCACCAUCACCGAACCCAAACCUUCUGCAAAACCCGUAAACGUAUCCACAAGUCCAAAAACAGAGAGUAAGUCGCCGGAACUACAUAGAGAAUCCAGAGAACGCAGCAGCCUCAACGAAGACCCAGAUUCUAUGAUUAUGAUGAAACGUACCUACAAUUUCGCCGGGAAGGUUAUCACAGAGCAAAAACUCGUAUCGAAAGAUUCCGCGGAAGCAAAACUCUUUCUCGCAUCUCAAGAAUCUGAUGCUGGAAAGGAGGGGAAUAAGGGGAAAGAAGCGGAACUUUUCGUCAAGCCAAAACGCAAUCUUAAAAAGGCUCGUCGUUCGAUCUUUGAACCUAUUGUAGAAAAUCUCACACCUCAAAGAACAGAUUUGUAUUUUGGCACAGCAGCGGCUGCGAGGAAUUUGGUUGGGGGUGUGGGUGCAGGGAAGGAAGCGAAGAAAUUAAAUACAGUAGAAAAGAGCGCGAUGGAUUGGGCUGGGUUUGUGGAUAAAGAGGGUUAUAAGGAUGAGUUGGAUGCAGCGGGCAAGAAGAAGGGGGCGUACGGGGAGAGACAGGCUUUCUUAGCGAGGGUGGAGGCUAAGAAGGUGGAGGAUGAGAGGAGGGCGAGGGGGUUACCUAUUUAG